CUUCCGGUCUGGCCAAACACUUCCAUGAUUCUCUGUGUGUUCUCCACCUUCCUCGCCCUGGGCUUGGCGCUGACGACGCAGCUGGACACGCAGCAGCAGCAGAAGAGCGAGCUGCACACGACGAGGACAGGGGGCGUAAUCUUCAGCGGCAAAAUCACGACCGUCUUCAGCGCAGAUCUUCGCCUGACCGAGAGGCUCACCGCGGCCGUGCUGGUGGAGCAGGUGGAGCGUACGGCGCUGAUUUUGAGUCCACCCGCUGUUGGCAGCGUGGCCGAGGUCGUCUUUGGACGGCGCGUCGUCCCUCUGAGGCUGCGCGACAAGCUGCUCCACAGUCGCGUGCGGCUGCAGGCUGCUGCGUCAAACUCGACAUCGCAUCGCUGCACGAGGAUAGAGCUCCUGGGCCAGGCAGCCGCAGGGGAUGCAGCAGACAUCGAGCCUUCAGAACCCCUUGUGCUCGUCGAGCUCAUCAGAAACGUCUCCUCCUCCAAGCACCCUUGGCUCGAGCGAGACUACCCGGCCGGCACCCGCUUCCGACCCUUCACCGGGCCGACAUACGGCGUGAUCAGCGAGAGCGGCAUCGCGGUCCAAGACCUGCUCGACUGCGAGGCGCCCUUCUACGAGAUGCCCGCGAGCGCGACUCGCGUCGUGUGGUCGGCUGCCUCGGAACAGCUGGUUCGACGGUGCGCCGUGCCCGAGCUGCUCGACCCAGUCGAAGUCGUUAUUGUCCCUCACCCUCGCCCUCCGCCCUCGCCCUCGCCCUCGCCACCAACCGGCGUCCCCAUCAUGUUUCUCAUCCUUUUCUUCCUUUUCGUCCUCAUCAUCGCGAGUCACGACGGCAUCUUCAACUGCAUCGCGCUCUGCCCCAUCGCCUAGCGGCGCUCACCCAGAGAUCUUCCCCAUCGCUCCCUAGCGGCGCUGCCCCGAGAGAGCUUCGUUGUGCAUGCUUCGCGCCUGGCGUGGGUGCAUGCGAGUGUUCGCAUUAGGUAGGCACGUUGGAAUGCGGAGAUAGUUACUGCUCUUUGUAGACUUUGUAGUGUUCUCCUGUCCGGCGUGACUCUCUGUCUCACAUGAGUUUCUUCCCUCGAUUGUGUCACGCCUCUCCUCCUUGUUCGGCGUUGCCGAACUGCGACCGAAGCUCGCUUUGUAGCAGCGUCUCAUUGAACCUUACUUACCGU